AUGAGGGGGAUGGUUGUCGACCCAGCUGUCAGCGGAAUGUGUGUGGACACGAAUAUGCAGUGCCCAGUUUGGGCGAGUACAGGCCAAUGCGCGACAAAUGCUCUUAUGAUGCGGCGCAUGUGUGCAUUGUCGUGUGGUACUUGUGGACUCGGCAUGCAGUAUGGUAUGGGUAUGGGUAUGGGAGUACCAGGAAUGGGCUAUGCACUUCCACCCGGUCUUGGAAGUGCUGGCCUUGGAACUGCUGGCCUUGGAGCGGCUGGCCUUGGUUAUGGUGGAAUGGGCUUGAGUCCGUUCGCAAAUCCGUUGCUGGGCAGAAGUAUCUAUGAACAAGGAAUUUUGAGAGCUCCUCCACGGUCGACUAUUUAUCCUCGAAGUGUGAAGAAAGACAAGUUGGAUUCGCCUCGUACUUCCGCAUAG